GAGAGCACGCUGUGAGGCAGCAAGAAAGCGAGGCAGGCGGAUUUCUAUCUUUGUGACAGCCUUUCUUCCUGGCAGGCUGCGGGUAAGCUGGGAAACUGGACUGGACUGUGGUGUUCCGUGGAGGAGGUGGAGGUGCAGGGGGGAGAAGUGAGGGGCAAACUGGACAGAUGGAGGACGGUAUCCAGCACUUGGGACACUGCAUGGUUGACAUGAAGGAGCUCAGCGCCAACCCUGAAGGACUGAGCACUGCCGGUGUGAUUCUUACAUCAAACCUUCAUCAGGUUGAGUUCAGCCUCGCCUGUAAUGAUCUGGUGGCCUCAGGCAGAGACAGGAAGCCCAAUGCUUUGGUCCAGGUGGCUGUCAUAGAUCCCCACAAGCAGCACCUCGUGUCUCAUGCCUGCACAGAGAUAGUGGAGGCAAACAAAGACCCGCUAUUUCUGACGGGGGUGACCUUCCCUUCAGAGUACCCUGCAAGUCCAGAGACGCUAGUCAAGCUAACUGUGUAUGAUGCAAAGGACAAAAACCAGGAAUCAAGCAGCUUCCUGGGUAGUGCCACAUUUUCAGUAGGGGAUUUGUUGAGGGCUAAAGAUGAACGACUGACCUUGAGUCUCAGGUCAUCUGAUGGUCUGUGUGCAGCAGGGUCAGUGGUGGUGAGUCGUCUGAAGAUGGGUGAGAUGGAGGAGGUUGACGUAGAUCACAUCUCCACUAACACACCCUCGCAGAAGUGUCCCUUGGCUUAUGAGUCUGCACACCAUUCCUGCAUCAACAGAGAAGACAGCCAACAGACAGGGCCAGUGUUCAGGAACCCGGUAUGCAAGGUGUACAGAUUUCAAACAGUGGACAGCAAGUGGAUGCUUGUGCGGGAACAAAUGGAGGAGUGUACUUUGUCAUUCAGCAUCCCCAAACAGCUGCUUUCACUCUACAUUCAGGAAGAUAUGAGCAGGGUGCAGGAUCUGAAGGAGUUAGGGGAGCUCUCUCCUCACUGGGACAACUUAAGGAAGGAGGUGAUGACACGAUAUGGAGGGAUCAUCACCACCUACCAAGAGACCUUGGCUGAACUGGACAAAAUCACUGGUUGUUCUUUCAAGCCAAGCUGCUGCAAAGCUCAGAAGUCUCUGGAGUUUAUCCCAAUAAACUUGCAUACUCAGAGGAUGAGGGUGACCUGCCCCAAAAAAACAGAUGCAUUUUAUGACAUUAUCACUGUCGGUGCUCCAGCAGCCCACUUUCAGGGCUUCAAGUGUGGUGGUCUGCAGCGGCUCCUGAGCAGAUAUGAAGCAGAGAAGAAAAGCUUCAGCACUGCCUACCAGUGUAUCUACUACUCCCCAGAGCACACAUCCAAAGCUCAGGAGGUACUCAGCACCAUGAAUCUCCUCCAACCCCUCAUCACAAGCUUAGCUGACCAGCUUCUUCAGGCUGCCCAUGAGCACUCCUCCCCUGGACUGAGGGAUGCGCUCAAGAGCCUUUCUGACAAGACGGAACUAUUUGUUCACACACUUAAGGAUGAAUUGGUCAAGAGCGCGCUGCUGGCACUACACGCAGCACAGCCAGGGUACGUGUCGAAAAGCCAGAAACAAACCCCGGCGCAGGGCCAUCAUCAAGACCACAUCAGUCAGGGCAGUGACCAGAAUCAGAGCCCAGCCCAGGGACCUACAGGCCACAGUCCAGCCACACCAGUAACCGAGAGCACAGUGGUGUGUAAUAAUGUGGAAGGGCUGCAAACCAUGACUGGCGGAGAAGCUGAGCCUGUGUCACUAAAACACCAAGACUCCAUACCGCACCAUAAAGAGUAUGAUGAGGAGGAAUGGGACAGGUUGUGGGCUAAUGUGGCCAAAUGCCUCAACUGUGUGAUUGCCAUGGCGGAUAAACUCCAAGAAGAAGACAACAGCAAGCAGGAGCCAAUCCCUGAGCAGCAGCUUGCUGAUGUCAUCGCCUCACACAAUCCCAGUGAUUGGAGGGAGCAGUUGUGUCCUCUAGUGGCCAGGUUAAAGGACUGUGUGAUGGAGGUGGUGGAGAAGGCAAAGAAAGCCAUGACGUUUGUGCUCCUGCAGGAGGCAGCCUGCAGCAUACCUCAAGGCUUCAUCCUGCAGCAGAGGCGAGAUGUAGUCUUCAGUCAGGCGCUGGCAGCCUUGGCUUGUGGUUUCGUCAUGAGAUUGUACGCAGGAUUGCAGGACAAAGACUUCCUGAGGCAGCUCCACCAAGUUGGCCUGGUGGCUCAGUUUGAAAGCCUGCUCAGCACCUACAGUGAGGAGGUCGGGAUGCUGGAGGACAUGGAUGUUGGAAUCUCAGACCUGCAGAAAGUAAUGUUCAGGGUCACAGAGGCUAAAACAGAUGACCUCCAUGAGCUGCAGCCGUUAGUGUGUGGCCGAAGAGACCACUUCACUGUAGAAGUGCCAUUACCACAACUGGUUUUCCAGACUUUGCCUGAGGAGAUCAAGGAGGGCAAGCCUCUGCAAGUUUUCCCUGUGCUGUUUAACGUGGGCAUCAAUGAACAACAAACUAUAGCAGAGAGGUUUGGGGAUAUCUCUCUACAAGAAAGAAUAAACCAGAAGAACUUUAAGAUGUUAGAAGCUUAUUAUAAAUUGUUAAGUGAAAAGGUGCCACCAGAAUGUCUACCGUGUUUUCAGACACAGGCUGACAUAAAGGAAUUACUUGAAACGCUGGGCCAAAAUGUGUUCACAAAGAAGAAAAAGAAUGUGGAAAUACUAUGGAUUGCUGGAACCAUCUGCCGAAGGUUAAAUGGUAUCAGGUUUACCAGCUGUAAAAGUGCCAAAGAUCGAACAUCCAUGUCUGUCACAUUAGAGCAGUGUGCCCUCCUGCGAGAUGAACACCAGCUCAGCAAGGACUUCUUCGUUCGUGCUCUGGACUGUAUGCGAAGAGAUGGAUGUCGGAUUGAGAAUGUUCAAAAGAAUAUUAGAUGCAGGAAAUACGCCUUCAACAUGUUGCAGCUGAUGGCCUUCCCCAAGAUCUACCGACCACCAGAGGGGACUUAUGGCAAAGUUGACUCUUAAGGACAAACGCCAUGCAGAGUCUAAAAACUCUUUUUGUGAUUUAAAAGAACCGUUUUGAAAGCUUAUGAAUGAAAGCAAAUAUGUGGAAUUAUUUAUAGUUUAUAACAAAAACAUUUGCUGUAUGGCCUUUUUUGGUGUGUUUCAUGCAAGGAGGGUACAUGUUUAGACUUAUAAUAAAAUAUUUGAUUUAAACUUAUGUUACUUUUUUUAUUUUUUCAAAUGCACUUUCCACUUAUUUCCACUUGUUUUUCGGGCUCCAGGUAGCAUUGCACAGAGCUACAAGCUGUAUAUAGUUAGAGUGUGUGAGUGUUUUAUAGUAAUGAUCUUUUAAAAGAUCUAAAGCUAUUUAACUUGAAUUUAUAUACAUGAAGAAUUCAACAUCUUAAGAUUUAAGUUUUUAAUUAAUAUAUAUAUAUAUAUAUAUAUAUACACACACACACACACACAUAGGUAAACACACGUUUUUUGUAUUUUAUUCAAAGUUUUUUUUUUUUUUUAAAAUACUAUGCUCAACAAUGGAGAACUUUGCCCUCCACCAUGUUUCAUUAUGGUUUUGCAUGUUCUGGUUUAAACAGUUGCUUUGGGACUGUUAAUCAGUAGUGUUACAAAAUUAGAUGUUUUAUUAUAUUUUUAUAUCUCAUGAAAAUUCUCAGUCAGACCAAAAGGAGUAGAAGCCGACAGUGGGCCUUAUUUCUGAAACCAACUCUAUGUUGGUAUUUUAUGAUAACUUCAUAUUCCUCUGUUGGGCUUGAAGUCAUGUUUGAAAUAAUUUGUUUAAGUUUUCAUUAAACAUUUAGAAAUACCGCUUUAAAUUAAAUGGUUUGAUUUUGAAUCUGUCUAUUGUAUGCUGCCAUGUAUCAGAAUUUAGAUAUUGUUGUAAUUUUCACAAAUGUACACUUCAUUUUUGUUUGUCUGUUUCAUUGGUUCAGUGUGACAUAAUAAAUGGAGAAUAAAACAUACUGUAAAAAA